AUGGUCUGUGCUUAUUUGGAAAAAUGUUUGUUUGACUCCAGGCAUGGAACCCGUUGUGCUGGGGAAGUGGCAGCCACAGCAAACAACUCACACUGCACAGUAGGAAUCGCCUUUAAUGCCAAGAUUGGAGGUGUACGGAUGCUGGAUGGAGAUGUGACAGACAUGGUAGAAGCAAAGUCUCUAAGCCUUAAUCCUCAGCACAUCCACAUCUACAGUGCCAGCUGGGGGCCCGAUGACGACGGUAAGACUGUGGAUGGACCUGCUUCUCUAGCACGUCAGGCCUUUGAGAACGGCAUCAGAAUGGGACGAAGAGGCUUAGGUUCAGUCUUUGUUUGGGCAUCUGGAAAUGGUGGAAGAAGUCGAGACCACUGCUCCUGUGAUGGCUACACAAAUAGCAUCUAUACGAUCUCCAUAAGCAGCACAGCUGAAAGUGGGAAAAAGCCAUGGUAUCUGGAAGAAUGUGCAUCCACACUAGCUACAACAUACAGCAGUGGAGAAUCCUACGACAGGAAAAUAAUCACCACAGACCUGAGGCAGCGUUGCACAGACAGCCAUACUGGAACCUCAGCCUCUGCACCUAUGGCUGCAGGCAUCAUUGCACUGGCACUGGAAGCAAA